GGGGUGUGGGCGGGGCCUGGGCUCGGGGUGUGGGCGGGGCCUGGACUCGGUGUCCCGGGAAUCCUGACGGGAUGAUGAUGAUGAUGAUGAUGAUGAAGGGGGAGAGCGGGACGCGGAUCCCGGAGCGCAGAGCGAUGAACGGCUAUGAUCAGUUAUCAGGGAACACUGCACCAAACAGCAAAAAACUAUUAAAGCAGCGAUUGCUGAAACUCUUACCGUGCUGCCUCUCCCCAAGGCCCUCCUCGCUCACCCAAAACAGCAUCGAGGAUGACUUUGAGCUCUCCACCGUGUGUCACCGCCCGGAGGGGCUGGAGCAGCUCCAGGGACAGACACAGUUCAGCAAGAAGGAGUUACAGGUCCUGUACCGUGGCUUCAAAACUGAGUGCCCCAGCGGAGUGGUCAAUGAGGAGACCUUCAAACAGAUCUACUCCCAGUUCUUCCCUCAAGGAGACUCCAGCAUGUACGCACACUUUCUAUUCAACGCUUUUGACACAGAUCUGAAUGGCUCGGUCAGCUUUGAGAACUUCGUGAUGGGAUUGUCUGUCAUCCUCCGGGGGACGGUGGAUGAUAAACUCAACUGGGCUUUCAACCUGUACGACUUAAACAAGGAUGGUUCCAUCACCAGAGAGGAGAUGUUGGAUAUAAUGAAAUCCAUUUAUGACAUGAUGGGGAAGUACACCUUCCCAUCAGUGAGGGACGAGAGCCCGCGAGAGCACGUGGAGACCUUCUUCCAGAAAAUGGACAAGAACCGGGAUGGAGUGGUGACUAUUGAGGAGUUUAUAGAGACAUGUCAGAAGGACGAGAACAUUAUGAAAUCGAUGCAGCUGUUUGAGAACGUCAUCUAAUGGCUCGUUAGCGAAAA